AUGGCGGGCAACAACACCGGGGCCUUACCGGCCCAUGCCCAGUCGUCACUCCCCUCGCUCCCCGCACACCUUCAAUCAGAUACUCAUCUAACAGCUCAUCUGGCGAGCCGCUUUCAUGUGGGAUUGCCUACCGCCCGGCUGUCAUCCCAAGCCUUGAUCUCAUUCAACACAUAUACCUCCGCGACCAAAGGGCCAGAUGGCGAAAAGGACGGUAGUGCCGCUGGAGAGGCAGAGGAUCUCGCUCGUCGGGCUUAUACCCGACUGGGGGCUCGCGGAGAGAAUCAAGCUGUGGUGUUUUUGGGAGAAAGUGGUUCGGGUAAAACAACCAUUCGCUCACAUCUACUGUCCUCCUUCCUCUCCUAUUCUUCGACUCCACUAUCCUCGAAACUGUCCUACGCGGCCUUUGUCUUUGAUACCUUGACCACCACCAAGUCCGUGACAACUCCAACCGCUUCCAAGGCUGGUCUUUUCCUGGAGCUACAGUACGAUGGCUCAUCCACGGUUAAUCCAACUCUGAUCGGUGGUAAGAUCAUUGAUUACCGGCUGGAGCGAAGUCGAAUCUCGUCUGUGCCCACCGGCGAGCGCAGUUUCCAUGCGCUUUACUACCUGCUGGCUGGAACAAGUGCGGCUGAAAAGGCUCACUUGGGCUUCGAAAAAUCGAUCCACGCGACCAGUGUGGGUGGGAAACUCACUAGUGAUUCCGGGCAUAAGCGAUGGCGUUAUCUUGGUCAUCCAACACAGUUGAAAGUUGGAGUCAACGAUCACGAGGGCUUCCAGCAUUUCAAGACUGCGUUGCGAAAGCUUGAGUUUUCGCGGAGUGAGAUUGCUGAAAUCUGUCAAAUCUUGGCCAGCGUCCUUCACAUUGGUCAACUAGAGUUCAUUACGGGGCAGUCGACCUUGACCACUGCCGAGGAGAGUGGCGGGUACUCUCACGAAGGCGGGGAGAUGGUCACCGUUGUCAAGAACAAAGAUGCGCUGGGUAACGUCGCUGCGUUCCUCGGACUCAGUGUUGAAGCUCUAGAGUGUAGCUUGGGUUACAAAACAAAGACCAUCCAUCGGGAGCGUGUAACCGUCAUGCUGGACCCCCAAGGAGCUCGAGAGAAUGCGGACUCAUUUGCGAAAUCGAUUUACUCCCUUCUUGUCACUUACGUGAUUGAAAAUGUGAAUCAGAAGCUAUGUGCUGCAGAGGACAGUGUAUCCAACACGAUUUCCAUUGUCGAUUUCCCUGGCUUUGCUCAAGCACCAGCUUCGGGGUCCACACUCGACCAGCUUCUCAGCAAUGCAGCGACUGAGUCCCUCUACAACUAUUGCCUACAAUCAUUCUUUGACAGCAAGGCUGAUAUCCUUGACCGGGAAGAAAUUACGGUCGCGGCAACAAGCUACUUUGAUAACACCGAUACCGUUCGCGGCCUCUUGAAGAAUGGCAAUGGUCUUUUGAGUAUUCUCGAUGAUCAAGCCCGGCGAGGCCGCAGCGACGCUCAAUUCCUGGAGAGCGUUCGAAGGCGCUUCGAGAGCAAAAACCCAGCAAUCUCGGUGGAAAGCAGUGACACCACUAGUACUGGAUAUCUGUCAAAGACCCGCACAGCGUUUACCGUGAAGCACUUCGCCGGGGAGGUGGACUAUUCUGUCACGGGCCUCCUCGAAGAAAACGGAGAAGUCCUUUCAGGCGACCUCAUGAAUCUGAUGAAGUCUACUCGCAGUGACUUUGUCCGCGAAUUGUUCGGACAGGAAGCAUUGCAGACUGUUUCUCAUCCUCGUGAGAAGACCACAAUCGUGCAAGCGCAGGUAUCCUCGAAGCCUUUGCGAAUGCCAAGCAUGGCUCGCCGUAAGCACGAUCAACAGGGUCGCCAGUUGUUCUCCGAUCGUGCUGAAAUUGAGGAAGCGGAUGACCACGAAAGUCAGGCCACCAGUUCCAGACGGAGUGUUGCUGGUCGGAAGAGCGGUCUGCUGGCCGGUCAAGCACAGGGUGCUGCGGGCCAGUUCCUUUCUGGUCUCGAAAUUAUCAACAAAAGCUUGAGUGCUCCGAACCUCAACCCAUACUUCGUGAUUUGUCUCAAGCCAAACGAUCGGCGCAUUGCCAACCAGUUCGACAGCAAAUGUGUGCGGAUGCAGGUGCAAACCUUUGGUAUCGCCGAGAUCAGUUCACGGCUUAGAAACGCAGACUUCAGUGUCUUCUUGCCUUUUGCUGAAUUCCUUGGUCUUGCCGAUAUCGGCAAUGUGGUUGUUGGAAGCGACCGUGAAAAGGCCGAGGUCGUUUUGGAUGAACGACGCUGGCCUAGCAAUGAAGCUCGAGUGGGAAGUACUGGAGUAUUCUUGAGUGAGCGUUGCUGGGCCGAUCUAGCCAAAGUCGGUGAACGGGUGGUGCCGUCUUACGGCAAGAUUGCCGGAUCUGAUGAAGGCGAGAUUGGAUUUCAGGCCGGCGGUGCAGACACCAAGGUUCGGCUUCUGAACCCCGCUGAGCAGUCUCCUGGGACGUACAUCUACGGGGAUGAGUCCAAAGGAGGUGGGUAUUUUGGCAGCCGCGAGCUUGACGGCAAGUCUGACGCCGGUGCCUCAGCUUUUAAUUCUGGCGACAUGUUCCGCAACCUCGAGACACGGGAAGAAAUGCUGCAGAAGGGGAAUGAGAAGAACCUGGAGGAGGUCGACGAUGUCCCUGUUUCUGGCUCACGAAAACGAUGGAUGUUCCUUGUCUACCUCUUGACAUUCUACAUUCCCGAUUUCUUGAUCAAAUGGAUAGGGCGCAUGAAGCGCAAGGACAUCCGCUUGGCUUGGCGAGAGAAGUUCGCAAUCAACCUGAUCAUUUGGUUUGCUUGCGGUGUGGCAAUCUUUAUGAUUGUCGCCUUUCCUGGGCUAGUUUGUCCGACCCAGCAUGUUUACUCAAAAGGAGAACUGAGCAGUCACAAUGGCCAAGACGGCAGCACCUCUUUCAUUGCUAUUCGUGGUGUGGUCUUCAAUCUGGGAGAUUUCAUCCCCUAUCAUUAUCCCGAUAUCGUGCCCCAAAAAUCUCUCAAAAACUAUGCUGGUCUCGAUGCCACCAAUCUAUUCCCUGUUCAAGUUUCGGCUAUGUGCCAGGGUGUGGACGGAAGCGUCGACGACAGUGUUCCUUUGGAUUACCGGUCUAACAUGAAUAGCUCGAGUAUGCUGGUUUCAAGCGCAGACUACGAUGUGAACGCCAAAUACCACGAUUUCCGCUCCUGGACCGAUCGAGACCAGCCGAGCUGGUUCUACGAGCAAAUGGUCAUGCUGCGCGCAAAUUACAAAAAGGGAUACGUGGGUUACACGGAAAAGUACAUCAAGCAACUUGCGGAAGAAGAAAACAAGAAUAUCGUCAGCAUUGACGGCAAGGUCUACGAUAUGACUUACUACAUCGCUGGGCCUCGAGUCCCUCGGUUUCCCAAAGGCGUAACUCCAAAGACGAACGUGAAAACAGAUUACAUGAGCCCGCUUCUUGUCAGUCUGUUUCAGCAGAAAGCCGGUACCGAUGUGACCAAGUACUGGGACAAUCUUCAGAUUGAUCCCACGACGCGUUCGCGGAUGCAGCUGUGUCUUGACAAUCUUUUCUUCAUUGGCCAUGUGGAUACCCGUAAUUCGGCUCGGUGUCAAUUCGCUCGGUACUUCAUCCUGGCAAUCUCGAUCCUGAUCUGUCUCAUCAUUGUCUUCAAGUUCUUCGCAGCCCUGCAAUUUGGGAAGAAGAACCUGCCCGAAAAUCUUGACAAAUUCAUCAUCUGCCAAGUGCCGGCCUACACGGAAGACGAAGAUUCUCUGCGCCGUGCAAUCGAUUCCAUGGCUCGCAUGCAGUAUGACGAUAAGCGGAAGCUACUCCUAGUUAUUUGUGAUGGUAUGAUUAUCGGUCAGGGCAACGACCGGCCUACCCCACGCAUUGUUCUGGACAUUCUGGGUGUUCCUGAAUCUGUUGAUCCUGAGCCUUUAAGCUUUGAGAGUUUGGGCGAGGGAAUGAAGCAGCAUAAUAUGGCCAAGAUUUAUUCGGGUCUGUAUGAAGUUCAGGGCCACAUUGUGCCUUACCUGGUCGUCGUCAAGGUUGGCAAGCCUUCUGAAGUCUCCCGCCCUGGUAACCGUGGUAAGCGUGACUCGCAGAUGGUUCUCAUGCGCUUCCUGAACCGUGUCCACUAUAAUCUCCCGAUGAGUCCCAUGGAGCUUGAGAUGCACCAUCAGAUUCGAAACAUCAUUGGAGUCAACCCGACAUUCUACGAGUACAUUCUGCAGGUCGAUGCCGAUACAGUUGUUGCCCAAGACUCUGCUACACGCUUUGUCUCCGCCUUCCUGUCUGAUGUGCGUCUCAUUGCCGCUUGUGGUGAGACGUCUCUGUCCAACGCCAAGACUUCCAUUAUCACGAUGAUUCAAGUGUACGAGUACUACAUCUCGCACAACUUGACCAAAGCUUUCGAGAGUCUUUUCGGUUCGGUCACUUGCUUGCCAGGAUGCUUCAGUAUGUACCGUGUUCGCUCGGCGGAAAGCGGCAAACCCCUCUUCGUGAGCAAGGAGGUUGUCGAUAGUUACUCUGAAAUUCGCGUCGACACCUUGCAUAUGAAGAACCUGCUCCACCUGGGUGAAGACCGUUACUUGACCACUUUACUACUCAAGCAUCAUCCCAAAUUCAAAACCAAGUACAUCUUCCGCUGCCAUGCCUGGACUGUUGCCCCGGAGAGCUUCGCCGUUUUCUUGUCUCAACGUCGUCGCUGGAUCAACUCAACCGUGCACAACUUGAUCGAGCUUAUUCCCCUGCAACAGCUCUGUGGCUUCUGCUGUUUCAGCAUGCGCUUCGUCGUCUUUGUUGAUCUCCUCAGUACCAUCAUCCAGCCUGUCACGGUAGCCUACAUUAUCUACCUCAUUGUGUGGCUCGUGCGCGACUCGUCCGUGAUUCCAUGGAUUGCGUUUGUCUUGCUUGGUGUCAUUUACGGUUUGCAAGCAUUUAUCUUCAUUGUCCGCCGCAAAUGGGAGAUGAUUGGCUGGAUGAUCAUUUACAUUUUCGCCCUUCCCAUCUUCAGUCUUGCCCUGCCGCUCUACUCGUUCUGGCACAUGGACGACUUCACCUGGGGAAAUACCCGCAUUAUUACCGGAGAAAAGGGCCGGAAGGUGGUCAUUUCCGAUGAGGGUAAAUUCGAUCCGGCAUCGAUUCCGAAGAAGCGUUGGGAAGAGUACCAGAUGGAGCUUUGGGAGGCGCAGGAGGGACAAACUUCGCGCGACGAUCGCUCUGAGAUGUCUGGCUACUCCUAUGGCACCCGUGCGCACCCGUUCGCCCAGUCUGAGUAUGGCUAUGCGGGUUCUCGUCCGGUCUCCCAGCUGGAUCUGCCGCUGCUUGCCUCCGGAUCCCGCAUGUCGUUGGCGCCUUCUGAGAUGAUGAGUCACCACAUGGAUACCGACAUGAGCACAGAGGAUCUGAGCCACCUGCCCAGUGAUGAUGCCAUCCUCGCUGAGAUCCGAGAGAUUUUGCGCACAGCUGACCUGAUGACUGUCACGAAGAAGAGUAUCAAGCAGGAGCUUGAGCGCCGCUUCGGCGUCCCUCUCGACAUGAAGAGGCCGUAUAUUAAUUCAGCAACCGAGGCCGUCCUCUCUGGUCUUCUCUGA